UUAUUAAACGGAGGGCGGGCCCGUCUGGCCCCGGGGCGUCGGAGGUUCUUUAAACGCUGACAAGCCCGGGCCCCAGAAGAACAAGAUCUACAGUUCAAUGCUGUAGCUGAUGGCCUCUCCAGAUAACAACAAAUAAAAUAUCCCAGACGUUGGAUCUCAUCUUUACAACAGUGAGAUCAAGGAAGAAGAUUAUACUAGUUUUAAACCAGAAAAGGGAAGAGACACCUUGCACCAAAAGUGUGAAAAUCAACAGGGCCACUGAAAGCAAGAAUAAAACUAUUUGAACAGGAUGAUGGCCAUAGAGCUAAUGGUGGCUGCAGAUCUGAAUCCCCAGAUCCAGGCAUUAUGGGAGAAAGAAGGGCCUCUAGAAAAAAACCCAAAAGAGAAUUCAGUAGAGAAUCAGGAAUCUGUCUUACAGAGCAAUAAAUUUGCUCCUGAGAGCUAUCGACAGCGUUUUAGGAGCUUCCAGUACCAGGAAUCAGCUGGUCCCCAGGAGACCCUUAGCCAACUUAGGGAGCUUUGCCUUCAGUGGUUGCAGCCAGAGAUCCAUACAAAGGAGCAAAUCUUAGAGCUCUUGCUACUAGAGCAGUUCAUGAAUAUUCUGCCUGAGAAGACAAAGACCAAGGUUCAAAAGCAUUCCCCAACGACCAUCAAGGAGGCAGUGACAUUGGUAGAAGAUUUGCAGAGUACACUUAUAAGAAAAAACAAAGGAGACAGAAAGAAGAUUCCUAAAUUGGACAAUGAGGUUACAAUCCAUGAGCAGGAACAAGAAGUACACUCGGAGAAAGCAGCAACCUUGGAAGGAGCAUCAGAAACACUAAGCUUCCAUUUGGAGUCAACAGAGCCCCAGCGUAUGGGAAUGGUCAAGGAAGAGGAAUUGUGGAGUACCCUCCCAAGAUCACAGGAACCACUGAGCUGUGACCCUGAAAAAGAGCUCCAGCCUAUGCAGGAGAGGGCUCUGCCUGCUCCCCAGGUUCCUAUCCUUUCUGAAGAAAGACCUACCAGAGAUUGGGAAGUGGCAUCUAUAUUCUUCACACCUGAAUCCCAGAGUCCUGUGACCUUUGAGGAUGUGGCCAUGUAUUUCUCUCAAGAAGAAUGGCAGUUAUUGGGCCCCAUUCAGAAGGACCUCUACAAGAAUGUCAUGCAAGAGACUUAUAAGAAUAUGAUUUCAGUAGCAUUGUUUCUGAUUCCCAAACCUGAACUGAUAUCCUGUUUGGAGCAAGAGGAAGAGCCAUGUGUCACAAAUUCUAAGGAAUCCAAAGAGAUCCCAAAAGAUUCUAAUACAGAAACGACUGAUUCUUCUAUUUAUCCUAAAGAAGUUAAGGCUCCAAGUGAGAAUAAAAAGCCUAAAGCAGUACAUAUUACAGUACGUGCUCCAUCAGCAGUACAAGCAUCAAUUAGUACUUUAUCUACAUUUAAAAAGACUGAUGGGAAAGUUCUUCAGAGGGCAGAAUCGAAAGAAGUUCGUGAAAAGCAGCGUGGGGAAGGAAAGCCACAACAAAAUUUACCUGUAGGAAGAUGGAAGAAAUUUGCUUCCUGGAAAAAAAGUCUACGAAAACUCAUGGAGGUUCACAAGAAGGCCUGUACCGGAGAAAAACCUUUCAAAUGUCAUAUAUGUGGGAAAAGCUUCAAAGUUAGUUCUGACCUUAUUAAACACCAGAGAGUCCACACAGAAGAAAGACCCUAUAAAUGUCAAGAAUGUGAUAAAAGGUUUCGAUGGAGCUCAGAUCUUAAUAAACACUUGAUGACACAUAGAGGAAUUAAGCCACAUAGAUGCUCCUGGUGUGGGAAAAGCUUCAGUCAAAACACAAACCUUCUUACUCACCAAAGAACACACACAGGAGAGAAACCCUUUAAGUGUCAUGAAUGUGGAAAAAGAUUCAGUCAAAACUCCCAUCUUAUUAAACACCAAAGAACCCAUACUGGUGAGCAACCCUAUGCAUGUAGCAUGUGUGGGAGGAACUUUAGUAGGCGUUCAAGCCUUCUAAGACAUCAGAAACUCCACAGAGAAAAGGAAACAGUCAAUGUUGUCACUCUCAAAGAAAGCUCCAAGUGGAGCUAAAACCUUAAAAGAAUAUAGAGUUAUAUAAAUUUAUCAAUAUUUGAAAAUGUUUAGGUAUAAACCCCAUUUUUUUCUAAAGAGAAUUUAAGUAGACUGUGCAAGGGGAAAUGGCAAUAUUUCUAGUACUUGUUUAUGACAAGAAAAUUCUUUAUAGGAUUGUAUCUAAAAGUAUACCAUAAGUAUACCAUACCAAAAACUAACUCUCCAAAUAGCAGAUGCUGUCUCAAACCAAAGAAUAAUUUUCAGCACAUGCAGUGUGAAAAGGGAUGCUGAUCACAUAAUUAGUCUAUUUUGUCAUUCUUAAAAACACAAAAUUACUAUCAGAAAUGGCAUUUCCUAAAACAAAGGGCAGAUAUAUAUAUCAACCAGACAGAUACACAAAAUCAUUUGAAUUCAUCGUUGCAAGGACACCAAUUCCAAAUUCUGUACAGCAGAGAUCAGUAGGAUAUUCUCUGGGACCUCUUGCUUAUAACUACCAUUGCAAGACUGACUACUCUAACUUCUUGCUUAACCUUUAGUGGUCAAAUCCUCUUGGUUUAUUUUUUUUUUUUGCUGUGCUAAUACCAUGCUUAUUUAAUCUGCUGAAAAAAACUGGAGUAAAAAAUGUCAGCUCUUAAGUCUUUAAUUUAUGGAAGAUGAUGGAGAGCAAACUAUUGUUCAUUUCUGAUGAAAGAAAAGUGCAUUGGACUUUACCUCAGGAAGGAGAACUGGAAUUAGCUGUGAAGAGUAAUUUUCCAGUAAGUAUAUAGCUAGGUUUGGAAGGAGUUCAUAAGGAAAGGUACAGAACUUCCUUACCUGGAAAAAUAAGAGGGUAGAGCAGCCUUGCAAAAGAGCACUUGUCAAAAGUGCAAAAGAAAAGGGAUCAUUUUCAAGUCUGUUAAUUUUUAAUUAAGAUUCCAUGGAAAACUGGAAACAUUUAUUACAGACUGGAUCUUUUUAUCUCUUAGUUUCCUAAUAUGGAGAGCACCUGAAAUGUUUGGGUUACAAAGGGAUUGUUUUGACAGCCGGUAUUUUUUUAAAAUGGUGGUAAGAUCAGGAAAACAUGGUGAUAUUUACUGUCUUACAUUUAUAAGAUCUUAAUGGACAGGAACUGUUUGAUUUUUUUUUUUCCUGAUACACAAAUGUACGCAUAAUAAAAGCUUCCUGAUAAUAAGCUUA